CAAAGAGGGCAGGACUCAAAUUUCAAACAUGACAGGGAAGAGAAAAGGCUACAGGUAUGAAAACAGAGCUGAAGGAAAGUGAAAGCGGAUUAAAGAGACGCAGAGCUGAAUAAUAAAUAAUACAGUAGUUAAUUCAGCAGAUGGCAGUGUUAUGGCAGCAGCAGCAGAGGGAGGAGGAGGUGCAGCAGGAGGAGGAGGUGCAAUAGAAGCAAAAGCAGCAGCAGUAAGAGGAGGAGGAGGAGGUGGAGGACUGUCCUGGAUGCUGCUGCUGCUCCUGCUGCUGAACACUGUAGUAGUAGCCUGUAUGGAGUCCAGACUACAGAUGCUGGCAGCGCUGAGGAAAUAUGGACGGGAGGUGACGGCUCAGCUCCAGGCUCGCAGCUCGCCCUGAACCCAGAGACCCGUUCCCGGGCUGUGAAGCUCCGUUUACCGCCGCGACCGCUACCGCUGAAGAUCCGUCUGCGCGACUCAUGGCGGAGUUUACCGAGAACUGCGGGCUGCUCUCGCCGAGCGCCGCGGAGAGAGCGGCCGAGCUGGGCGGCGAGGAGGACGGCAAGGCUCGGCGAGAGGUGUCGGCGGUGUCGAACGGGGACUGCGGGGGUCUGUCCGCGGACACGGAGGCGGAGGCGGCGGCCACGGACAUCAAAUCCGGAAUACCUCGCAGAACCAGCAUUAUUAAGGAUGGCUCAAGGCAGCGGAAAGAGAGGAAGAAGACGGUCUCCUUCAGCAGCAUGCCCACCGAGAAGAAGAUCAGCAGUGCCAGCGACUGCAUCAACGCCAUGGUGGACGGCUCAGAGCUGAGGAAAGUGCGCUCCAACUCCAGAGUGUACCACCGAUACUUUCUGCUGGAUGCUGAUAUGCAGUCUCUUAGGUGGGAGCCCUCUAAAAAGGAGUCGGAUAAAGCCAAGAUCGAUGUGAAGUCCGUUAAGGAGGUGCGAACUGGUAAGAACACGGACACUUUCAGGACCAACGGCAUUUAUGAUCAGAUUUCAGAGGACUGCGCAUUCUCUAUUAUUUAUGGGGAAACUUACGAGUCUCUGGAUUUAGUCGCGAACACAGCAGAUGUAGCAAACAUUUGGGUGACUGGACUCAGGUACCUGAUUUCCUAUGGGAAGGCUACCUUAAACAUGAUCGAAAGUACUCAGAAUAACCUGCGCUCUUCUUGGCUUGGGGAGCUGUUCGAUGAAGUGGACAACGCUGGCAACAAAAGCAUCAGCCUUUGUACUGCUGUACAGUUGGUGAAAAAAUUAAACCCUGGACUGAAAAACGUUAAAAUCGAGCUCAAACUCAAGGAGUUGCACAAAGCGAAGGAAAAAAUGGGAAGCAAUGUUACGAAGGACGAGUUCGUUGAGGUCUAUCAUGACCUUUGCACAAGGCCAGAAAUCUACUUCUUGCUCGUUCAGUUCUCUAGUAACAAGGAAUUCCUCGACACCAAGGACUUGAUGAUAUUCCUAGAAGCAGAGCAAGGCAUGGCCCAGGUGAGUGAAGACACGAGCUUAGAGGUGAUUAAACAGUAUGAACCGUCCGAAGAUGGGCGGCUCAAGGGAUGCCUUUCUUUAGACGGGUUUACCAACUACCUUAUGUCCAACGACUGCCAUAUUUUCGAUCCUGAACAUAAGACAGUCUGCCAAGACAUGAACCAACCCUUGUCUCAUUAUUACAUCAACUCUUCUCACAACACCUACCUGAUUGAGGACCAGUUCAGGGGUCCGUCGGACAUCACAGGCUACAUCCGUGCCCUAAAGAUGGGAUGUAGAAGUGUAGAACUUGACGUUUGGGAUGGACCAGACAACGAACCGGUCAUUUACACUGGACAUACCAUGACCUCUCAGAUCGUCUUCCGAAGCGUCGUUGACAUCAUCAAUAAGUACGCCUUUGUGGCGUCGGAAUUCCCAUUGAUUCUGUGCUUGGAGAACCACUGCUCCCUAAAGCAGCAGAGAGUCAUGUUUCAACACCUCAAGAAAAUCCUUGGGGAUAGAAUUCACAGCGAUCCACCCAGACCUGAAGACACUUACCUUCCGACCCCCAAUGACUUGAAAGGCAAGAUUCUUUUGAAAGGGAAGAAGCUGGCCAGCACCUGUAAUAGCUCGGAGGGGGAAGUGACGGAUGAGGACGAAGGGGCGGAGAUGUCUCAGCGAAUGAGCAUGGAGGCAGGGGAACCACAGACCGUUUCUCAACCUAAAAAGUUUCAACUGUCCAAAGACCUCUCUGACCUGGUGACCUUGUGCAAAUCCAUCCAGUUCAAAGACUUUCCGACGGCGUUCCAGAACCAGAAGCACUGGGAACUGUGUUCCUUCAACGAGGUGUUUGCCAGCAGAUGUGCCACAGAUUUCCCUGGGGAAUUCGUCAAUUACAACAAGAAGUUUCUCGCUCGGGUUUACCCCAGUCCGAUGCGAAUCGACUCAAGCAAUAUGAACCCUCAGGACUUUUGGAAGUGCGGUUGCCAGAUAGUGGCGAUGAACUACCAAACUCCUGGUCUGAUGAUGGACCUUAACAUCGGCUGGUUCAGACAGAACGGCAACUGCGGCUACGUCCUUCGUCCAGCCAUAAUGAGGGAGCAGGUGUCUUACUUCAGCGCUAAUACUAAAGACUCGGUUCCAGGAGUGUCGCCACAGCUUCUUCACAUAAAGAUCAUCAGCGGACAGAACUUCCCCAAACCCAAAGGCUCAGGUGCCAAAGGUGACGUCGUAGAUCCCUACGUGUAUGUAGAGAUCCACGGCAUCCCUGCCGAUUGUGCUGAGCAAAGGACUAAAACCGUCAAUCAGAAUGGGGACAACCCCCUUUUUGAUGAAAGCUUUGAGUUUCAGAUUAACCUUCCCGAGCUGGCCAUGGUACGCUUUGUCGUCCUGGACGAUGACUACAUAGGGGACGAGUUUAUCGGUCAGUACACCAUUCCUUUCGAGUGUCUACAGCCGGGAUUUCGCCACAUACCUCUCCAGUCGUUGACUGGCGAGCUGCUUCCUCACGCUUGGUUGUUCGUCCACGUGGCCAUUACUAACCGACGAGGCGGAGGAAAGCCCCACAAGAGAGGACUCUCGGUCCGCAAGAGCAAACGGAGCCGGGAGUACGCCAGCAUGAGGAUACUGCUCAUCAAGGCUGUGGACGAGGUGUUUAAAACUGCUACACUGCCACUGCGAGAAGCGACGGAUCUCAGAGAGAACAUGCAGAACGCUUUAGUGACGUUUAAAGAGCUCUGCGGUUUGUCUGCGGUCGCCAACCUGAAGCAGUGCAUCCUGGCCCUGUCCUCUCGUCUCAUUGGUGCAGACAACAGCCCAGUCGUGCUCUUCAACCUCAAGGACCAGUACCCAAUCAUGGAGGCCCAGGGGCUGCUGCCUGAGGUCCUCAAGAAGGUGGCCACUGCGUAUGAGACGAUGAUCCAGACCAGUAAGACGCUGCUGGAGACUUCAGAGGGCGUCUACGAGAGGAUACUCCAGGUGCAGAAAGCAGCGAUGGAGUUCCAUGAGAAUCUUCAUGAUAUGGCAGUAAAGGAGGGUCUGAAGGGUAGGAAGCUGCACAAGUCCGUGGAGAGCUUUACCUGGAACAUCACCAUACUGAAGGGUCAGGCGGAUCUUCUGAAGCACGCCAAAGCCGAGGUGCUGGAGAACCUGAAGCAGAUCCAUUACGCUGCGCUCACCUGCAACCUGGCCAAGGGGGGCUCUGCGGCGACCCCGUCCGCAGGCUCCGAGUCCAGACCCCGCCGCAGCCUGGAGGCCAUCCCGGAGAAGGCGGUGGGGGAGGAGGACAUCAGCGACGAGGAGGAGAACUGAAGGGCCUUAUCAGUCCCUCCAAAAGCCCUGAAGCCCUGAAUCCCUGAACCCGGACUCCAGCGCUCCCUCCUGAGACCUGCAGGGGUUACCGGGAGCGGAGCGGGUAGCGGUGGAAGCUGUACGUGGCUCAGCAGCAGCAGCAGAGGUUUUAAAUGGGAUUAAGAGGAAAGGAAGGAGGUGUUGUAAUAAAGGAGCAAUGGCCUUAUUCUCCACCAGGACCCGGGGCUGUCCUUUAAUCUGCCUGUCUUUAAUCUGCGUCUCUGCCAUCAAUUUACUCAGUGUUUCGUCGUCUCAGUGUUUAAAGGGGGCAAAGUGCCUCGACUUACACCCAGAAUCCGAGAUCCCAGAUGUGUCCUGUAACCGUCAGACAUUCCUUAUUCCUGAUUCCUGAUUCCUUAUUCCUGACUCCUGAUUCUUGGCUCCUGACUCCUGAUUCCUGAGGCCUGUGGAUUGUGGAUUGGUUCGCUGAGUCUUGUUGAUUCGGGAAGUUGGUUUAAUCCAUAAUUUACUUCAGCAGUGUUGUUUUUAAGCCUAUGACAAACUAAGACUGCCUAUAAAGCACAAAAACCAACCUUUCUUUAUUUUAUUUUAUUUUUAUUAUAUGUCUUGAGGACCUGAAACUGGAGCCAAGAAUGAUUAGAAGAGUCAAAGAGAGAAAAAGAGAGAGAUAUAGUGUGAAAAAGAGAGAGAGAGAACAAACGAGCUGAGCCGAGCCGAGCUGUUUACAAUGACGGACUAAUCCGUGUUCCGUCUGCCGAAGAUAGAUAUAGUGUGUAUAUAUAUAUAAAAACGUGAAAAUAUAUAUAUAAAAAUAUAUAUAUAUGAAGAUCUGUUACUUUUUUUGCUAUGUGCACCAUUUUAACGGAUGAGAUUUAUUUUGUUAAAGAGCAAAAAAAAAAAGAAGAAAAAAAAAACUGAUGUUUUAAAGAGUUGAUAUUUUAUUUGUGCGAAGGCCGGGCAGAUCAGGACUGGUGAAACCAAGCUCUGCCGUCUGUGUUUUUUCUUCAGUUUUAGUUUCUUCCCCUCUUUGGAGAGUGAAUGUAAGCCACUUGUGGUCCUUUGAUGGAAAAUGAAAAAAUGGAAAAUAGGGUACAACUUUAACACGAGGCUCCUUUAUAAAGGGUUUAUGUAUGAUAAAGUUUUUCCAAUGAAUGUUGUGUCUCUUAUUAGACUCUAUAAAUAUAGUCAUAGUAUAACACAUUGUAAUGCAUUCAUAAGGCAUUAUACAUAUAUUUAUAAAAAGGUAUAACACACUAUAGCUUAUAGCACACUAUAAGUUAAGUAAAGCUAAGCUAAGGAAACAAAACUGAAAUUCUUAAAACAUGUUAAUCCGCACAGAUUUCUCUCCUGAAAACUGUUUAUUUGAGUCAGUAAAGCGCUUCCAUUUAUUAACAGUAAGCUUAGAUUUCCAGAUUUCCACUAAGGCUAGGUGCAGCAGCAUUAGCAUUAGCAGCUAACCACUAGCAGUAGCCGUGCUUAGCGCUAGUAAAUGCCGCUCGACAGUGCUACACUGAUGAACCCUGAGUGUUCCAGUAAGCCAGGGCGAUAUUAGCUAGCAGUUCGUGCCACGUGGCUUGUUUUACCACGGUAAACACGCAGACUACAGUCCACUACACUUACCUCCUAACGCAGUUAGCUGCUAAUGCUGCUCCAGCAGCGCUAUCCUGGGUUAUCAGCAGGCUACAGGUCGAUAAUACUCACCUCUGAAUGUCAAAAGAGCCUAGUGCUUAGCGUGGUUAGCGGGUACUGCUAAUACUUACAACCUGACUGGUAAAAUUUAUACAUAAGCACCGGAUUAUAAGGCGCACUGAUGAUUUUUAGGAAAAUGUAAGGAUUUUAAGUGCGCCUUAUAGUGAGAAAAAUACGGUAAUACUGUAUAUUCCCAUGAUGGACACCUGUCACUUUAAAAUAUGAUCUGUUAACUCCGCAAGUUAAAAUAGUUCCAUUGCUGCUCUGUUUGUAGCUGCGCUGUUUGGUUUGUAAGCGCUGCAUUGUUGCUAGGUUACCUGUAUUUGGCGGAGUAAUACAUGGAGAGCUUCGGUUACUGUGCAUUUCCAGCUGAUGACGCCACUCAUAAAACGCCUUUCAGCCAAUCACAUUGCAGGGUCGGAACUAACUGUGGUAUAAUAUUUAACAUAAGUGUAAUACUUCCUGAGUGGUUAAAAGUAAUUGUAGCAAGGCUUUGUUAAGACUUGCUGGUAUUGACAUAUAACAUCUAUAUAAACACAGCUGAUAAUGCAUUAUGAUCACAAUUCAUAAUUCAUAAUAACUAUAGAUAUAAUGUGUUAUAUAUUUUUAUAAAUGUCUUAUAUUAUAUUAUAAUCUGUUAUAAGUAUGUGUAUAGUGUAUAAAAUUGACAUGAUAUUUAUUAAAGAAAAUUUGCCCGGUUUAUAAAUAGUUUAGAAAGUAGUGGAUCAACACCAGCAGAUGACAUGUCUCUCUAAACCAUCACUGAUUGGUGGAAACUUCACACUAGACCUCAAGCAGCUUGGACUGUGUGUCUCUCCACUCUUCCUCCAGACUCUGCUCCCUUAAUUUACAAAUGAAAUGUAAAAUUUACUGAUGAUCAGUGAUGGUUUGGAGAGACAAGUCUUCUGUGGAUUUCAUUUUCCAGCAGGAUUUGGCACACUGCCCACACUGCCUAAAGUACCAGUCGGUUUUAUAUAAUAUUCUAAUUUUCUGAGACCCUGUUUUUUGGGUUUUCAUUGGCUGUAAGCCAUAAACAUCAACAAUAAAAGAAAUACACGCUUAAAAUAGAUCACUCUGUUUUAAAAUUUAUACUAAAUUACUGAAAAAAAAAACUUUUCAAUGAUAUUCUAAUUUUUUAAGAUGCACCUAAUCCAAAUGAUCAAGUUAUCAAAAUAAUAAAAACUUUAGUCUAAAAUGUGUUCCCAAAGAAAAUAAAUUUCUUGCCAAAAAGUCUUUAAAACUGAAUUAUUAACAGUUUAAUAACUAAUUUAUAACCCCUUUAUAGAGGAGCCUUUUUUUAAAGUGAUACCCGCAGUGCUGUAUCUUUGGAAUACAAUCGAUUGCACAACCAGCAGCAGCAAACAGCAUGAGAAGAAAAGGAAUUCUUAAACUCCUGGAUGCUUUAAAAUAAAAAAAGGACACGGUUAAUCUUCUAAACCAUUCCUGCUAAAAGACAUAAAAAAAUAAUAAAAAUAAAAAAAUAAUAGUGAACCUAUUUAUAUGGAUACUGUUAAACAUGAUAGUGCCUCGUUGUUGACGAUUGAUUUUGUCUAUUGGUUGGGGGGGGGUUGGUUUGGGGUUGUAGGGUGGGAGGGGUUUGAUAGAGAGAGAAGUUUUAAGGGGAUUAUGGGAUUGCGAGAAUCCUCUGCCUGCCUGGACGAAGAAGAAAAAGAAAAAAAAAAGCUGAAGCCUGCCCAGUGCCAACCUGCCAGCUCAUCGCUUCUGGUUAAUUAAUAUUCACCCUUGGCUCAUCCCAUUGGUCGUCGUCGUCGUCACGCCGUGCCAAUCUACAGUUGGACCUAGUGAACCACUUCCAUCAGAUUUUACAGCUUCGUCAGACCCAGAAAUCUCCAGACGUCGGACUGGACCUCAAAAACUAAAAACAAAAAAAGGAAAAAAGGAAAAAAAAAAGUUUCAUACAUUUCAGUGCUGUAAGAGUUUGUGUACUUUUGAGCAUAGUGAACCAUUUCUACCAGUUCUGGGAAGGGUGGGAGGUAGGGAGGGGGUUGUUUGAAAUAUUGGAAUAUGGUUUGGUUUUUGUUUUACUCCGUUAAAAGCCCAAAAAGCUCUGAAAUAAACCAUGUGGAAUACAUUCUCUUAA